AUGGCAACCACGGGAUCUUCCAGCCACGUCACAGCAGAGGCCUGCCAGUCGGCUUUCGAGCAGGCCGUUGCCCUGUCGCUGCACAUGUGGCCGGCCCUAUCCCUCGCCGUACAGAACCACUGGGGCGGCCCAGACUCAGCCGACAAGAGAGACUGGUUCGCCGGCGCGGUCGCCGAGGCCUUCCCCGCGUACUCCAAGAUCACAAACGGUCAGGCCGUCCCCGCCGCCAACGCCCCUGAAGAGCCUGACACCGAGUACGUCGAGACCAUGCUGCUGCAGGUCAUGCUGGACGAGUUCGAGGUCCACGUCGACGAUGAGACCGGCUUCGACGUCGCCGAGCAGAUCAUCAAGCUGAGGGGAGACAUAGCCAAAGGCAACUUGGACGUCGUUGACAGCCUCCGCAAGAAGUGGGAAAGCCGCAAGGGCGCCAAGGUUGAGGGGCUUUACAAGAAAGUUGAGGGCGGCGACCAGGAGACCGACUGGGAGGACGAUAGCGAGGACGAUGAGGAUGAUGACGUCGACAUGGAUGACGCCCCGCAGCUCGUUCGUGCGCCCAGGGAAAAGCCGGAACCAGAGGUGGACGAGGACGGAUUCACCACAGUCACGAGGAAGAAGAAAUAA